AUGGAGUACGGCAACUUUCUCGUUGAAAUUUACGAACGCGCCAAUAAUCACGAGGCAGCAACAGCCAGCCCAACAAGGUAUUUCUACUCUCCUCUCGCGCUAUUGGACCACUCAAGUGCCGUUAGUUCUUACAACGUAGUGACGAAACAACAAGAGAUGAGAUUCCGCAUUGUAAUGUGGAGCAACAAAGUCCAAAAACAAGUCGUGAAAUAUUUGAACGAGAUCGUCGGCCACGAAAUUAAAUCCGAUCAAGUGAGAGUCCUCCCCUUGGAGAAGGUCCUUCUUACUAGUUACACACCCCCAGUGGAUUUUUGGCUGAAUCCAUGGUGGACGUACUAUGACAAGAGCAAAAUUUUAAGUCUUUCUCUGACGUGUUAUGACCGGAAAGUUUGCGACAAACUGGCCAAUCUAAUGCGGACCAACCCCGAACAUUUAAACCAUUUGAAACUCCUGUACAGUUUGUCAUCGCAGACGUCACAAACCAAACAGGCGUAUAUCACCAUCGACAGUAUCACUUCCGGUCGAUUGGUCUUGACUCUUUUAAAGAAAUUUCAAAUGACAAAUCAGAUUUAUCUGACGGCCAACGACGAGAAGAAAAUGUUGAAGGAAACGGCCACAAACAUCCUAAUGGACACAUUUGAUGACUCCGAGGUUUGGUCUAGAAACUCGGAAGUUCAAAUUUUCAAUAUUUUAAAAGGAUUGCUGGUCACAUCCAGGACGACCAUCGAAGAAGAAAGUGACAAAAUCUGGGACUCUGUUUUCUGGGAUGACGACAAUUACCGGCCGGACAAGACGGCCAAAACUUUGAACGAAAUCGUCAACAAACUGGACAAGGACUCUCAAAAGAAAUUGACAGACAUGUUUAAAAAAGCGGAGAAACAUUCGGUCAAUUCAAACAGUUGGGAUGACGUGAAUAGAAUCAGUUCAAUCAUUUCAGGGAAAAUGGCCAACGAUUUCGAUUUCGACGCCGUUAAAAAAUUAUUAGAAGAAAGUAGAGACCACGUCCAAUGGAACGGGGAGAAGUUCGUGCCCAAACCCAUUCAACUGAGCAGAAUCAAAUUGGCCACAUUUCGUGAUUCCCAAUCGUUUCAGGAUCGGAACGUUAGUGUCCAUUACACGACCGCCGAUCUGUCGGCGCCGAUAAAAUUUGAAGAAUUCGCAGGACUGACCAUCGCUGAUGAACUCACAGAUUGACCACCGAACCCAUUUCCCGGGUUUCAUGUUGCAGAAGGAAAUUGCCGCGUCCCUUUGACUUUGAGCUUCAACAUCAUCAUCGCGGCGACAAGAUUCAAAAUGCGACGUCAACACGGACAUU